AUGCCUGCGUGCAAGGAAGUCUCUCUUGGUAUGGUGUCAGAUGAUGGCAAGGACUUGAGGCCUACUGAUAUCCUUGUUCUCAACUGGGAGAAUGGUCAAGAUGUUUGCAUGGCUGUCAAAGGUGUCUCGCCCUUCACUGGUGAACACAUUCGUUCUUUUGUCCCAGAUAAAGCUAUUUCUAAGGCGGUUUUGCGCAAGCAAGCUAAAAAUUUGGAAAAGUAUGCUUCACUUGGAUAUGGUUUGGGUGUCUUAGCGUUUUCUACUCUUGGGGAACUUGAUUACGCUUCAAUAUCAUCAUCGUCAUCGUCAUCAUCAUUGUCUACAAGAACUGUUACAUGUGAUGGAGCUAUUCGAAUGGAUGGUUACGAUUUCCAGCGUGAGUGGAGCAAUGGUAGUCAAGUAGUGGGAUCUUGUAAUGGUGUGAUUUGCAUAUGCGUAUCAAAUUACAGAUUUUGUCUUUGGAACCCUUCAACUUGUGAGCAUAAGCUAGCAUUAUGCGGCCGUGUGCUGGCUGGAGAAGGAGAAUUGAGAGUGAGGUAUGGGUUUGGUUACGACUGCCACCUUGACGAUUACAUAUUGUUAAGAAUUGUGGCCAAUCUGACCAGCCGUGAUUAUUCUCAAGUUGAGGUUUAUACAUUAGGAUCCGACUCUUGGAAAAUUAUCGAAAGCAUAAACCAGUACUAUUUUCUUUCAAGUAACUGGUCUGUUUGGCUUUUAAAUGGAGCUUUUCAUUGGCCAGGAUCUAUCAAAUCAACAAGUUCAAAAGUUAUAGUCUCUUUUAAUAUCAGCAACCAGAGAUUUGUGGAUUUCUUAUAUCCAAAAGAAGUUACUAAUCAUAAAUUUGACCAUCUGGGGCUCCUGGAAGACCGUCUGUGUUUGGUUGUUUAUGAUGAUUAUUAUAACAAAAACCUUCGAUUGAUGUCGGGUUAA